AUGGAGAAGGAAGAUCUGAUCCCUCAGAAGACCGCAUCUCUCCAUCCGGCUUACACGGUAACGAACAUCCAGAACAAAGUUCGAGUUUUGGAUGGUGUCAAGGUUACGUAUUCUUCGUGGGUCAAGCUAUUUCGCAUUCAUGCUCGUGCAUACAAGGUGUUGGAUCAUAUUGAUGGUACUCGACCACCUGCUAAUAUCGAUGAUGCCUAUAAUCAAUGGGCAGAAAUCGAUGCUAUUGUGUUACAAUGGAUCUAUGGAUCCCUUUCCGACGACCUGCUGAUUCGAGUUCUCGAACCAGACUCGACUGCUUUUGAAGCCUGGGAGAAGAUUAAGAACAUAUUUCUCUGCAAUAAAGGAUCCCGAGCCGCUGCUCUAGAACAUGAAUUCACCAACCUCACCCUCCAAUUGGUACGUGGCCUCCCACCAGAGUUUGACACCGCCGCUGCCUACAUCAACCAAACCCUUCCUGAUUGGGACACCGCCCGAAGCAUGCUACAGCUUGAACACAAUCGACAACUUGCACGGGAAAAAGCAAAUUCAUCCACUGCUAGAGAAGCCAACGUUGUUGCUGAUCAUCACCAACCCAAUCGUUCCGGUCGUGGACCACCCUUUUAUCGCCCUCUUUCUUCUCGGCAGAACCAAGGAAGAUCAAACCCGAGGGGCUCGAAUCGGUUCAACCAGCAUGGACAGCCUUCAAAUCACUCUCAUGGACAACCUUCAAAUCGCUCUCAUGGACAGCAUUCAAACCGCUCGCCGGACACAUCCUAUGGAUCUCAAAAUGCACCGCCGUAG